AUGGCCCGCGCGUCUCGCUCGGGUGGCCUCCUGCCCCCGCUCGCUACCGCGCCACCGUUGUGGCCGCACCCCGAGGGCGCUGUGGAGGAGCCGUGGAGGGGAAGGCGGACGGGCGCUCUCCGCGGGGACGUUCGCUGCUGGCCGGGGCUGCCGGUUGCCGGGAGCGUCCCCUGCCUGGACCCGAGCGGAGGGCAGCCGUGGUGGGCGGCGCCGGCAGACAGCGGUGAGCGCCAUCGGACUGGCGCUGCGGACUGGGGGCCGGAGCCGACAGCCGGCGGCCGGAUCCCUCCAGCGCUGCAGCGUCUCCGGGCCAUUCUGCUGCGGUUGCACCGCGAGCGGGAGCAGCUCCUCCAAGCCAGGGACUAUGCCCGCCACCUCCAGGCGGUCGUGCGCUUCCUGAGGAUCCUGGGUCCCGGCGCGCCAUCCCCCUGCCCUGACCAGUUGCCUCAGCUGUGUCGCGACCUGCUGCCGCACCCUUCCCGAAGGGCCGUCCUGAGAAUCGGCCUGCGGGAGGCUCCCGAGCCGCUACUUCUGGCGCGCCCGGUCGGACUGGCCGCCCAGCGCCUGGAUGCUACCAUCGAGAUGCAGCUUCGUGCUCUGGGUCGGGCGCCUGCCAGCCCCGGUGUGUCAUCUGAACUCGCCGACCUAUUGGUGGCACUUCCCACCUACCACCAACUGCAGAGGAAAACCUUGAAUCACGUCCCAGGGGCUGCGCACCCUUUCCCUCCCACCCGUGUGCUCCGCCUCCUGACAGGGGAGCGGGGUUACCAGGUGGCAGGUCUGUUGGAGGAGGCGCUCUGGGGAUCGGGUUUGCAGGACCAGCUCCACAGGCGGUGCCAGGAGGAGCGCGAGCUGCUGCCCGGGCUGCUGGGCCUGUUGGGGGGCGUGGCGGCUUCAGCCAGCAGUGGAUUGGGACUUGGAGGGGCUGGAGCCCUGUGGAGCCAAUACUGGACCCUGCUGUGGGCAGCCUGUGCUCAGCGUCUGGACCUAAGUGUAAGACCUUGGAGGGACCCCAAGGCAGCGGCACAACAACUGAAUCAGGCACUGAGUCAGGCAUCCCUGCCUCAGGAGUGUAAGAAGGAGCUGGCUUCUUUGUGUCGCAGCCUAUUUCAUCAUUCUCUUAUCUGGAGUUGGGACCAAGGCUUCUGCCAGGCCUUGGGAUCUGCUGGUGGAGAGACGAGCACCCUUCCCUCAUCCUCUCACACCACUAAACUUUUGCAACAGCUCUUCCCUCCUCUCUUGGAUGCCCUUCGAGAAACGAGGUCAGGACCGAUUCUCUGUCGGCCUACAGGUCCUACACCCCUUGCGCUCGGGCUCUGUACUCUGCAGACCACCUUGCUCUGGUUUUGGGGCAGAGCUCAGCAGCAGCUGGCAGUGUGGGCCCCUGGUUCCUUCCUGCUCCUGACCCAGAAGGACUUACCUCCUCUGUUGCAUGAUGCGGAAGUUCUGUCUAGUCUGGCCUCAGAGGAAAGCUUGGUCCCAGAUGUGGAGCAGCAGCUGGGCUUGGAGAUCCAGAAACUGACCACACAGUUCCAGCUUCUGCCUGAAGAGUCACUAAAUCUCUUUUUUCAAGAAUGUCAUAAACAAGCCACACAUGGCUUUGAACUCUACAUGCCCCGGGGUCGGUACUGGCGGCAUCAUCUCUGUCCUGAACUGCCCAGUGUUCCUAGUGAGUAUGCUGGGUUGGUGGUCCGCACAGUACUGGAGCCUGUGUUACAAGGAUUGCAGGGAUUGCCAUCCCAAGCCCAGGCCCCUGCCCUGGGCCAGGCGCUGACAGCCAUCCUGGGUGCCUGGCUUGAUCACAUCCUCAACCAUGAGAUCCGGUUCAGCCUGCAGGGAGCACUGCAGCUCAGAAAAGACUUUGGAGUGGUCCGGGAGUUGCUAGAAGAGGAGCAAUGGGAACUGUGCCCUGAACUUCGCCAGACACUGCUCAUGCUCAGUAUCUUCCAGAGGUUGGAUGGAGCCCUGCUGUGUCUAUUGCAGCAGCCCCUGCCCAAGACUGGAGUCCAGCGGAGGUCUCCUUGUUGCUGUGCAUGUAAUGAGGUCCAAACCAUGGAAUUGCCCAGCAGCAGCCUCAACAGCCUGGAGAACUUGGAGCCCCCUCUCCGAUCUGGAGCACCCCCAGCCCAGACAGCUCAGUUGCUAAGCACACUGUGGGGAGGGGGACCUAGCCUUGAGGCUUACCUGGUGGGAAACCAGCAAGCCUGGCUGGCCCUGAGACAGCACCAGCGCCCUCGUUGGUACCUGCCUUUUCUUUUCUGCUUGGGGCUCAGUCCUGAAUCCUAAGGAGCCCAAUUA